CCACCCCGUGCCGUUCCCGCAGCGCCCCCUGCUGGCUGAGCGCGGAACCGCGGCCGUGCGUUGCAGGGACCACGAAGGCGGAGGAUCGCGGGAUGCUGCUGAAGACGUUCAACGAGCCGGGCUCCGAGUAUUUCAUCUUCCUGCUGAGCACCAGGGCGGGCGGGCUGGGCCUCAACCUGCAGUCGGCCGACACCGUCAUCAUCUUCGACAGCGACUGGAACCCGCACCAGGACCUGCAGGCCCAGGACCGGGCGCAUCGCAUCGGGCAGCAGAACGAGGUGCGCGUCCUGCGCCUCUGCACCGUCAACAGCGUGGAGGAGAAAAUCCUGGCGGCCGCCAAAUACAAACUGAACGUGGACCAGAAGGUGAUCCAGGCCGGGAUGUUCGACCAGAAAUCGUCCAGCCACGAGCGGCGCGCCUUCCUGCAGGCCAUCCUGGAGCACGAGGAGCAGGACGAGAGCCGCUACGGCGCGGGCGGCGGCGGCGGAGGCGGCGGCGGCGGCGGCACCUCCACCCUUUGCCUGAGCGCUGAGCCGGAGGAACCACCUCUAAAGGUGAGAGGGGCCGCUCAGCCUCCACGCCCCUGCGCUCCUCCG